GUCUACUGGUUGGUUUCGAUGGAGUCGAGCCUCGUCAAGCGAGCGCCACACCAGAGACUACAGGCACCAAAGCUGAAAAAAAACACGAAGGCACUGCACCGUCACACCUGGACGUGGUAGUUGCUCACUGCGACAGACCCAUUGGUUGGAUUCGAGAGUUCGUGACCUGGCCCAUCUCCACCAUGACUGUGUUCAGCAAGUGCAACUAUCCGGUAGAGGGGGCCCCAGCAACAGCUCAGAUCGUGCGCAUGGAGAAUAUCGGGCGCUGUGACCAUACCUACGCGCAUUGGCUAGCGCAGGCAGGAAAUCGCAUACCUGCAGAUCGGCAUGAGAGUGAUCUCAUUCUGUUCAUUAAGGACAAUGACAUGUCCGCUCGAAAUAUUGGUGACAUCCCAGUUGCGUUUGAGAAGAUGGUACGGGUUGCCUCGGGACGACUGAAGUUUGCUUGUGGGCGUUCAUGGCCCCGGCACAGCCUGUAUCACAUAAGCCAGUCGCUCAUGCAGUUUGCGCAUGGGACGACUGUUUACAAAGUCUGGGAAAGCAAGAACAGAAGCCGUGACGAACAGACCUUCACGUCGAGCUUCAAGUCCUUUGGUGAGUGGGCAACGGCCAUGGGCAUCGCGAAAAGGAUCGAGAAUCAGACGCUGGUGCCCGUGUGCUAUGGGGGCACCUUUCUUACCACCUAUUCGCAGAUUGUUCUUCCGCCGUCGGACGUCUGGAGCCGUCUGGAGACGUCACUUUCCAGAGGCGACAACAUC